AUGGCCGACGAAGCAAAGCCGCCGACGCUGGCCCCGCCAGCCGUGACGGCGCUGAAGAAGGAAGCCGCCGCCAACCUCAUGCAACGCGUCCAGAUGGAGCGAACCGUCAGCGAGGACAUGCGGAACGAGCGCGAGGACCUCAAGGAGGCUGCCGAGCACAGCAUGAACGUCAUCAUGGACUUGGGCUUGGACGGCAAGAUACGCUAUGUCAGCUCCUCGUGGAAGGACGUGGUCGGCACCACCCCCGAGGACGUCGUGGGGAAACCCGUCUCCGACCUGCUGCUCGAAAACCCCAACCAGUUUGCCGACACGGUGGAGUCCAUCAAGCAGGACGACUCCCGCAGCCAUAUCACGCGCUUUUCCAUGCGUUUAGGGCCGCUUUCGCUGUUGAGACGGAAGCGUUCCAAGCAGUCCGAGUCCCAGCAGCAGCAAGAAUGUGCCCUCGAGACCCCACCAAGCGAGGAAGAGGAAGAGCAGAUUAUCAAUCUUGAGGCCCAGGGCAUCAUGGUCUACGACCGGACGACUGGCGAAGAGAGCCAUACCAUGUGGAUGAUCCGACCUGCCGUCGUUCGCGAGGUAACCAUUGACCUUCCAGAAGUGUUGGUGGAGUCGCUCGGAGUUGGCGCUGAGAUGCUCGCACAUUACCUCACUGGUCUAGCUGAAACAGCUGCCAAUGAUCCCGGUAAUCACCCACCGCCUCUACCUGUCCUUUGCCGCAUUUGUGAGCGCCAGAUCACCCCAUGGUGGUUCGAGAAGCACACCGACUUGUGCCUGCAGGAGCACCGCGCCGAGAUGGACGUGCAGAUGGCGCAAGAGGCUCUCGCUGAACAUCGGAACGCUAUCGUCCGGGUGCUCGAUGCCUUGGAAGCGCAAUCGCGGCCUACAAGGGCGACUUCUACCGAACUAGUCCAGCCACCGCAGCCUGCCGAGUACAAGGGCGCUAUCAUUCAGCCCACUUCGACGCCAUCGUCCGGGACACCUUCAGGACGGAAUUCACCAGCUUCCCCGCCCGCAAGGUCACGGGAGCGAUCAACUGGGUUUGGCCACCAUCGUGCACGGUCGUUCGCUGUACGUCGUCCGUUGGCUCGCAUCGUGGAGCUCGUGCUCGACCUUUGCGAUACUGCUGUCGAGAUCAAUACCCCUGCAAUCAAAGAUAGUGCGCGGUCACAGUCCGUAGCCGAGAUUCGUACCCAGUCUCCUCAAUCCGAGAACCGUAUAUCACAGGUUCUGCAAUGGCAGUCACCUACAGCUGGUUCAACCGAUCACUGCGAGGGGCUGAAGAUGCUCUGUGAAGAUACGAGCAAGUUGGCGAGGGCGAAAAUUGAUGCCAUCUUCCGUCACCGCCGAAUUCUCGAGUACUCCGAGCGUAUCCGGGUGGAGUUCGAUCUGCUCGUCCAAGAGUGCAUAGAAGCCGCCAUGGACAAGGCUGCUCGUAUUGCCGCGGGAGAGGAUAGCUCAUCCGACGACGAGCAACGGCAAGAUGAAGAGGCUGCCCGUGAAGCAUCAGAUUUUCCUACAGGCGAGGAAGGAAUUUUCCCGGGUUCAUUCGAUGCACCUUCAGCAAUGGCCCAAGCUCUGCGCAAUGCUUCUGAUCCGUCUUUGUCGGCCCGGCUCAGCCGGAGAGAGUCGUCAGUGGCAGGGUCGACCAGGUCAAGCAGCCCUUACGGAGGUGCCCUAACGCCGCGUUCGCAUGCCGGAGCAAUCACUAUACCCACCCAGAGCAAGAGACAAUCCAUGCAUUUCGAAAGCGAUGCCGGUGCGGAAAGUGACAGCAGUAUGAGGUCCUCGGUGCUGUCAGGUCCUAGACGCGCGGAGUCUCCCUCGUCCGAGCUUGGUCUAAGUAGAAUUGCAAGCUCGAGAGAGCGGAAACGCAAGAGCCUCAUCCUACCCUCAGUCAUGUCAAACAGCCGACAGCAUUCUCCAGCACGGCAAUUGAUCACUCCUUCGUCACCACUUCGUAUGAGCAAGCCGCGUUUACCCAGCGGGGUGGAAGCCUUGCAAUCCCCAAUAAUGUCGCCUGUGUUAACCACAACGGAGUUCUCUUCGCCUGCUAUAGGCCCAAUCCAUCAUCACCGUCGACAAUCAUCGACCGCUGGGUCCGAUGGUCCCCGAGCGAUCUCCCCCCGACUAGCACCGGUCAGUCAGCCACAGCCACGUGCAGUGCCGCCUUCGAUCAAAGAUUUUGAGAUUGUCAAGCCUAUCAGCAAGGGAGCUUUCGGCAGCGUCUAUCUCGCCAAGAAGAAGUCGACUGGAGAGUACUAUGCAAUCAAGGUCCUGAAGAAGGCUGACAUGGUUGCGAAGAAUCAAGUCACCAACGUCAAGGCGGAAAGGGCCAUCAUGAUGUGGCAGGGUGAAAGCGAUUUCGUUGCCAAGCUUUAUUGGACUUUCUCCAGCAAGGAUUAUUUGUACCUGGUCAUGGAGUACCUCAACGGCGGCGAUUGUGCUUCGUUGAUCAAAGUUCUUGGAUCACUGCCUGAGGACUGGGCCAAGAAGUAUCUGGCAGAAGUCGUUCUUGGUGUUGAGCAUCUUCACAGUCGUAGCAUUGUUCAUCGCGACUUGAAGCCAGAUAACCUUCUCAUAGAUCAGAAAGGCCACCUAAAGCUGACUGAUUUUGGUCUUUCACGGAUGGGUCUGAUCGGUCGUCAGAAGAGAGCUCUCACCAACAAGUCCGCUGAGCCGGUCCCGGAUCUGUUGAAAUCUGGGCCUUUCCAUCGCGCCGUCUCCAUAGGCUCUUCGCGUUCUGCAUCAUUUGAUCUGAACCCAUCUCCAUCGCAGACACCGAGCAUGACACCAGCGCUAGCAGGAGAUCUUGGCCAGCCAUCUUAUUUCAGUUUGAAUCGCGAGGCAGCACCCCGUGAUCCGUCAAGAAGGACAUCGGGUAAUAGGAGUGAUAGUGGAGACAGCGACGCAUUACAGGCAAUGUUUCGCCGCUUUUCUAUCAUGGAAGACCAUGGUCAGUCGCGACGGUCGCCAAUUGAGGAAGAGGCGUACAGCGACGAAGGUUCCCCGGAUCUAUACCCCUUGGCACAUACUAUCAGCCAUUCGGCUGCUGCUCUAAACAAUACGCCGCCGCUGCCUUCAGCUAUGCCACCUCCGCCUAUGGCUCUCUUCGACCCCGAGGACAACAACCGUCGGUUUGUCGGUACUCCUGACUAUCUGGCGCCUGAGACGAUCGCUGGCAGUGGCCAGGAUGAGGUCAGCGAUUGGUGGUCUCUGGGUUGCAUCCUGUUCGAGUGUCUUUAUGGCUACCCUCCGUUCCAUGCUGAAACACCUGAUGAAGUCUUCUCGAACAUCCUAGCUCGCAGGAUUGACUGGCCGGAGAAUGACGAGGACUACGGAAUCUCUGACGAGGCUAAAGACCUCAUGAACCGUCUCUUAUGCAUUGAUCCCGCUAAGCGACUUGGUGCCAACAUGGAAGAUAAAUUUGCUAGUGGUGGUGAGGAGAUCCGCAACCACCCGUGGUUUGCAGAUGUAAACUGGGAGAGCCUUCGCGAUGACGAGGCAUCUUUCAUUCCAGCACCCGAGAAUCCUGAGGACACUGAGUACUUCGACACUAGAGGGGCUGCCAUGGCGAACUUCGCACCAGAGUUCGAAGAUAAUAGCGCUUCUCCAGCAGGCACACCUAGUCAGGAUUAUCCAGACCGACCCCACGACGCUCUGUCCCGCGUCCGUUCACAGGUCAGUGUUUCCACAAUGAAACGCGGCCUUAUCCCAUUACACAUACCUGCGCAUGUCCGCGAAGGAAGGUCAAGAAGGCUUAGUGAACCCAUGGUCACUGAUGACUUUGGUAAUUUCAGCUACAAGAAUCUUCCAGUGCUAGAAAAAGCGAACAAGGAUGUCAUCCAGAAGCUACGCGCUGAAGCAAUGCAGUCGCAGAACAAACCAAGCUCUGCAGUGCAAUCCCCAGGCGUGAUUUCGCCAUCACCAUCUCUAGAGUCAAGUCCGAUGGUCCCUGGCCAACUCAAACGUACGCUAUCAUCGAACAAACCCACGGGCCGUCCUUCAUCGCCAUCUAUCAGCGGCCCCAACUCUUCCCCAAGUCGGGGAUCUCAGCCUUCGUCUCCACUUCUGGUGCAAUUCAGCACUGGUCAACAUCACGAGCGACGUAAGACUUCAGCCAGCAGCUCAUCAACGUUAUCGCAUUCAAUCAGCAAUCCAACAUCGCUUCAGCCUGGCAGCUUCUUCGAAGGUCCGCGUCUGUCUUCCGGGUUGCGUCCCUCUCCUGAGGCUAUAUCACCUAUCAAGCUGGUCAAAACACCUUCCGGGAUGUCAGCCUCGUUUUCUGAAAAAGGUGGUUCAGGUCAACGUCAAAGCUCGUUCGGACAGACAAGCGUACCUUCUCCUCGCACACGAUCACAGACCAUUGGCUCUCAAGAAGGAGAUGUAGUCCGAGAUCUACUCCCCAGUCACCACAAGCGCAGAAGUCAAGUGCUCGAUGUCUCGCCUUCAUCAUCCGACACUGAGGACACUCGUGCCAAAGCCCUUCUCCGUGUCCAAAGGCGAAGGCAAAGCUCUCGGCGUCUGUCUCAGAUAUCAUUCGCAGAUGGGCCGAUGUUUCGACCACUGGAUGUCUUAGUAUGCGAAGACCAUCCUGUCUCACGCUUGGUCAUGGAGAAGCUGCUCGAAAAACUGCGAUGCCGCACUCUCACCGUCACGAACGGUUCGGAAGCUGUUCGCUAUGCUAUGGGCGAGGUGAAAUUUGAUAUCAUCAUGAUGGAGUUCAAGUUGCCUCAAGUCAACGGUGCAGACGUGGCACGCAUGAUCAGAGAUACGAAGAACGCCAAUUCCAACACCCCUAUCGUUGCAGUGACCGGUUAUCUCAAGGAGCUGUCAGCUCCACACCAUUUCGAUGCGCUCAUUCAAAAGCCUCCUACGAUCGCAAAAUUGUCGGACACUCUAGGGAAACUCUGCCAAUGGAAGGCUCCCCCACCGAAUUGGACUCCUGCAUCCAGCAAUUAUCCAUCGAUGAUGCCUUCCAGCCUUCGCCAAGAGUCGUCUCGACAAGAGGGCAGUCCUACCUCAAACUCUUCGAGCUUCCCGCCAGUGCCCUCGGGUAGCUACCGCGGAUCCAGUCGCGAGGACUCGAUCAGCUCGAGCUUUUUCGGCGACAACGACAGUCGAACUGGAGACGACAUCCCUGUCGUAAUCGCGCGUCACAACACUGACGAUUGGCGCGAGCGUGAUUUAGCUCGAGAAAUGAGUGGCUUAGGCAUCUCCGAGGAUGCAGCUAAUGUCGAUCCCCUCGCGGGGCAGAAACUGGCAGUUCCGCAUGACCUCGCUUCUGCUCCGGCUGCUAUUGAAGACCCGACGAUCCGACGUCAACCCUCCGCUGAGCUAGUCGGAGCUAAACGACGGGUCAUUGGGACACGCAAGCACGAGUCCGCUGAAUCAGGUGAUGACGAAGACGACGAAUUGGGUAACGUCAACGUCCGCGCGAAGAGCCCCAAAACACGUCCAAAGUCAUCUUCCAAGCUCGGUAUCGAGAUGAUGCGAACGAAUAGCAGGGGUAGCGUCAUCUCCGUGGAGAACAUACCAGUAGACGAAUCGCUACUGCCGUCUUCCCCGCCUCCAGCCAUAUCAGAGGAUCGCACUGCCGAAGAGCGCGAAGACGCGUUCCAUGUUCCUAAAGCCACGCUUACACCGCCUGAGAUCUUCCCGCGUGCGCCCGGACACAAAGUCGAAGAGAUAGAGAUCGACAUGGGAACCCCGAAAGCGAACCAGAGGCAGGGACAGGAACGGGAUCCCGACCCUACCCCGCGUGCCAACACUUCGCCUAGUCUCUAG